UGGGUACAAGUCAACGUUGUCCUCAUCGAUUCAGUAAAAAACAAAAAUAUCUGCUACAGUCGUACCCUACCUUAAUCAAACCAAAAUGGCGACAGUAAUCAACCCAUCCGCCGGACCAAUCUUCAUAGACGCAACCACGACGCAAUCAGUCCUUCCGUACACAUCCCUAAUCAACCACCUCCAAACAUCUAUCCCCACCACCACCUCCGUCAUCCAAUCUCCGAUCCGACACUCCCACCAAACAUCCUCAUCAUCAUCAUCUAAUAUUACUAACAAUCUUCUUUUGAUGCCGGCAUGGUCUGAAUCUCCAACCACUUUCCCUUACAUCGGUGUCAAGUUAGUUACCGUCCAUCCCGAUAAUUCCGCUUUAAAUUUACCUGGUGUUCAUGCUAGCUAUCUCAUUUUUAACUCGGUUACUGGCCAACCUCUAGCUUCAAUGGACGGAACCGAACUAACUGUCCGCCGAACGGCUUGUGUAUCCGCUCUGGCGUCACAUUAUCUGUCCAAUGUACAUUCCAAAGUUUUGUUAAUGGUUGGUGCAGGUUCCAUGGCGCCACAUUUGAUUAAAGCCCAUUUAACGAUUAGGCCCGAAAUCAAUUAUGUGAUGAUAUGGAACCGAAAUGUUGGGAGAUGUGAUAAUUUGGUUGAAAAUUUUGGAAAGGAAAGUGGAAUGGAUGGGGUACGGUUUGAGGUUUGUCAGGAUUUAGAGUCUGGGGUUAGGAUAGCGGAUAUAGUGAGCUGUGCUACGAAUAGUGAGACGCCGUUGGUUAUGGGGGAGUGGUUGAAGGCCGGGGCGCAUUUGGAUUUGGUUGGGUCGUAUAAGCCGUCGAUGAGGGAGUGUGAUGAUGAAGCUAUGACGAGAGGGAGGGUUUUUGUUGAUAAUGAGCAUGCUAUGGUUGAGGCUGGGGAGUUGGUCGGGGCGUUUGAAAGAGGUGUGAUGAAGACAGAUGAGAUUGAAGGUGAUCUUGUGGAGUUGACUAAGGGGGAGAAAAUUGGGAGGAGAGACGAUAAGGAGAUUACUCUGUUUGUAUCGGUUGGGUCGGCGGUGGUUGAUCUUUUGAGUGCUCAGUUGGCAUAUGAAACCGUUGCAGGCAAACCAUAGACACUUCACAUAUACAAAUGUUAGUUUACGCACUCACAGAUAUGCAACCAUUUAAAUAAGCAGGUGAAUUUGUAUGUCUACUUACAAACGCAAUUGAUUCCCCAAAUUUAGUUAUAUACUUAUAUAUAUGUACUAGGGGGAGAGCUCAAUCACACACUCGUUUCAUGUUGUUGGCGUGAUGUAAUCGAGAAAUAUAUGGAUAGGUGAAUAAUAAAGAAAACAAAACUUUUCCAGCUGCAGUGGGUAGUUUGUUUCUUCUUUUGAUUCUGUUUUGAAUGAGAGUGCUUCAUAUUAAGCUAUUAA